UUAGCACCUCCAAUUAUUCAGCCACUAACACAUCCUAAGUGGCACUACAGCAGCCCAGCGUCACUAGCAACAAGCGGUAUCUACAGUAACGACGAUCUGGAGAGACUCCGAUCCCAUAUAAUGUUCCCGGUGGAGAAACCAUCUAUGUUAAAUACAAUCGCCCGGGGAGCACUAGGAGAAAUCAUCCCCUCAGGCAGCAUCUCAAUGAUCAAUCUGUUGGAUGAAGACUCACUCAACAAAAUAGCCGAGUCCGCCGGAGCAAAGGCAUGGAAAGGCUUCGUAACAUUCGGAUCUGCAAGUGCAGGAGUACUCGCCAUUUUCAUCAUCAUACGAGUGGUGAAAUUAAUAAUUGACACUCUAAUUCAUGGCUAUGCGUUACAUUCAGUGUACGGUUGGAGCAUGCACCUGCUGGGCGCAGUUUGGAGUUCGGUAACCCACUUGCUGAUACACCUCGGACGAGAACCAAAGAGUGGACCAUCAGCACCUGAAGAUGCCCCGCCCCAAACCUCUUCGUCGACAGAAGCUCACCCCCCUAACCCCAAAACCCUAAGUGAAAGAGUGAGAAGUGAGACUAACACUAAUCCGACGUACACUUAUUCAGAACUACGUAGGUAUGUAAAAGACAGCCAGCGCGAGGCGGAAAUAGUGUAAGUGCUCGAAAAAUGUUAGCGUACGCCAACAUUUUAUUAUAAGGGG